UGUACUAGACUGUUGUUAAAAGGCAGAACGGGGGAUGUGUAGCAGCUAUCGGGGGACCUGUCUGGAGAUUAAUUUCACGUAUACCUCGCUUUUUUUUGUAAUCUUCGGAUUCUUGUGCACUACAUUUUUAUUGUUGAAUCAUAUGCCUGAAUAACGGUCGCGUUUAAAGGUGAUUAUCGUUAGUUUUGAUUUGAAUCCAGAAGUGUAUGGAAGCAACCUAGCUUCCAGGGCUAAACUAAGGUCGUAGGGUUCGUAGCAGCUAUCGUCGAUUCCUCGACUACUGGGGAGUUUUAAACGUUUCUUAUUAUUUUUUUUAAAUACCACGAAGAACACUUAAAUCCGAAAUGAGUGCAGGUGUUCAAAAGCCGGCGAAUCCGUCGCCACAUGUCGACUCGAAAUCGGCUCCUCUCAAAGAAAUCCCAGAUGUUCUGUUUGACUCACGCACCACGACAAGAUACACGAGGGGGAGAUUCCUCGGAAAAGGUGGUUUCGCCAAGUGCUUCGAAAUCACAGAUGUGGAGACGAAACAGGUUUUCGCCGGAAAAAUCGUGCCGAAGUCGCUGAUCCUGAAGCAACACCAGAGGGAGAAGAUGACUUCGGAAAUCACAAUUCAUAAGACUCUGAGCCAUCCGAACAUCGUGGGAUUCCACGGGUUUUUCGAAGACGACGACUUUGUAUUUGUUGUCCUGGAAAUCUGCAGGAGAAGGUCCUUGUUGGAGCUGCAUAAGCGUCGCAAAGCUGUGACUGAACCAGAGGCUCGCUAUUACAUGACACAGCUGCUCAGGGGGGUCCAGUACCUGCAUAACAACAAAGUCAUCCACAGAGACCUGAAACUAGGCAACAUCUUCCUCAAUGAUGAUAUGGAGGUCAAGAUAGGGGACUUUGGCCUGGCCACUAAGAUUGAGUUUGAUGGCGAGAGAAAGAAGACCUUGUGUGGAACGCCCAACUACAUUGCACCUGAAGUGCUUUGCAAGAAAGGCCACAGCUAUGAAGUAGAUGUGUGGUCACUUGGUUGUAUAUUGUACACAUUGUUGGUGGGUAAGCCCCCAUUUGAGACCUCCUGUUUGAAGGAGACCUACAACCGCAUAAAGAAAAACAGCUACACCAUCCCCUGGCACGUCAACCCGGCUGCAUCCGCCCUCAUCAAGCGAAUGCUGCAUGCUGAUCCCGCCCAGAGGCCGACCAUCGCCGAGCUGCAAACGGAUGAGUUCUUUACAUCUGGCUACAUCCCCACACGUUUGCCCACUACUUGCCUCACUGUGCCCCCACGCUUUUCAAUUGCCCCCUCCACAGCUGCAGAGCUCAGCCAGAGGCGCCCACUGACUGCUAUUAACAACAAGGCAGGGACAGAGAAAGUAGAGGCGAAGGAGGAGCCUGUGCAAAGGGAUGCUGAGCCGUCAGAGCACCACCUGAAAGACUUGCUGGAGCAGCUCAACAGCGUCAUUGCCGCCAAGCCCGCAGAGAAGGCAGUCAGAUGCCAAGAAGAGGCAGAGGAUCCUGCAUGUAUCCCCAUCUUCUGGAUCAGCAAAUGGGUAGACUACUCCGAUAAGUAUGGACUAGGCUACCAGCUGUGUGACAACAGCGUGGGUGUGCUGUUCAACGAUUACACGCGUCUCAUCAUGUACGCUGAUGGAGACAGCCUGCAGUACAUCGACAAGGCGGCGGCUGAGUCAUACCUCAGCGUGCACUCGUACCCUCAUGCUCUCAACAAGAAGAUAACAUUGCUGAAAUACUUCCGCAAUUACAUGAGCGAGCACCUGCUGAAGGCCGGCGCCAAUGUGGCACGGCGGGAGGGAGACGAGCUGGCACGGCUGCCUUACCUCUCCCUCUGGUUCAGAACAAAGAGCGCCAUCGUCCUGCACCUCACCAAUGGCACUGUUCAGAUCAACUUCUUCCAGGACCACACCAAGCUGAUCCUGUGUCCACUGAUGGCUGCGGUGACCUACAUCGACGAGAAGAGAGACUUCCACACUUACAAGCUGUCUCUGCUGGAGGAAUUUGGCUGCAGUAAGGACCUGGCCAGCCGCCUUCGUUAUGCCAAGCUCAUGGUCGAGAAACUGCUGGCCAAUAAGCCUUCAUAUUAGACCACCAUCCCUCAAAGUCUUCGAUCACAGUCUCCAUCUUUACUCAUGGCCACUCUUUUAGUCUCAACCAGCUUCUCAGGGGACGGGACAGACCCUUAAAUUGUUCUGUAUUUUAUAUUUUAUGGAAGAGUCACAGUGUAAUGAUUUGUCAUCUUUUGAGGCGUUGACACGUAGCAUCCAUUUCAUAUGUUCUACAGGAAGGUUGAAUUUCAGUCUCUGCCAGUUUUGAUCUUUAUUCCUACUGUUGAUAGAAAGCCACUCCUCCAGCUAUUAUCUUAACUUUUUUUUU